AUGACGGACAAGCCGCAAGUACCUCAAGGCGCACCUGUGUUCGGCACUGCCGCCAAAGGCGAAAUCGUCACCAUCUUCAUCGGCCCGGAGAAGAAGCGCUACAACAUUCACAAGGACGUCAUCUGCCACCAUUCGGAGUAUUUUCGCACUGCGUACAAUGGGCGCUGGAAAGAGUCGGACGAGGGCGUUACGCUGGAAGAUAUCGAGGUCGAAGUGUUCAACAUUUUUGUUCACUGGCUAUACGCUCAAACGCUGCCCAACCGCCCACAAUUUAUCCUGUGGCUGGCAGAAGAAACUGAUCCUGGUUCUGUACUGUACUCGCCCAGAUAUCGCCACGCUUGGGAGCUCGUCUUGAAAUGUGGCAUAUUCGGCGAUCGAUUCCUGGUACCAGCUUUCCAUCGUCUCGCACACAACACAUUCGUCAAUGAGCACUUUGAGGUAGUGGAUGAUGGAACCAAUGGCAUUCCAUAUGAGACUAGCAUAUGGGCCUUUGACAACCUGCCGAAGGACAACCCGAUCCUCGUUAUGAUGGUUGACUUGCAGUGCAUUGCGUGGACAGAGGAACAUGACGACGAGGCAGAAAAGAGUCUGAUGUCGCAGUUGCCAAACGAGUUCCUUGUUGCUGUUAUGCUGAAGCAAAACAAGAUGCUGCAGCAGCAUCAGGACUCGUUCGUAUUGCAUCCUUGCACCUAUCAUCUUCAUGGAUCCGAGGAAGAAAAGAAAGCCUGUACUGUCGAGCCAAGGUGGUGGAAGAUCUAG